GCUAAAAGAAAGUGAGUGAGUGAAAUGGAUUCUUGGGUUCGAGUUCUACUUCUGAUUGCUUGCAUUUUUCCGGCUUUGGUAGAGUGCAGAGUGAGGCACUACAAAUUCCAUGUGGUGACGAAGAAUACCACCAGAUUAUGUUCUAGCAAACCCAUUGUCACCAUUAAUGGGAAGUUCCCAGGACCCACUCUUUACGCCAGGGAAGAUGAUACAGUGCUGGUCAAAGUCGUCAACCAAGUCAACCACAAUGUUACCAUCCACUGGCAUGGUGUGAGGCAAUUGCGAACCGGUUGGGCUGAUGGGCCUGCAUACAUCACACAGUGCCCAAUUCAGCCAGGCCAUACCUAUGUGUACAACUUCACCAUUACAGGGCAAAGAGGAACACUUCUUUGGCAUGCACAUGUUAACUGGCUAAGGUCAACUGUGCAUGGUGCCUUAGUUAUCUUGCCAAAGCGAGGUGUGCCUUAUCCUUUCCCAAAGCCAGAUGAUGAAUUGGUUUUGGUAUUAGGAGAAUGGUGGAAAUCUGACACUGAGGCUAUUAUCAAUGAAGCUCUAAAAUCAGGAUUAGCACCAAAUGUCUCAGAUGCUCAUACCAUCAAUGGCCUUCCAGGGACAGUGUCCAAUUGUUCUUCUACACACGAAGUUUACAAUCUGCCUGUGGAGAGUGGCAAGACCUACUUGCUGAGAAUUAUCAAUGCUGCGCUCAAUGAGGAGCUAUUCUUCAAGAUUGCUGGCCACAAGCUUACUGUGGUAGAAGUUGAUGCCACAUAUGUAAAGCCAUUCAAGAUUGAAACAAUUUUGAUAGCUCCUGGCCAAACCACUGAUGUACUUUUAACUGCUGACCAAAAAUCUGGAAAGUACUUGGUAGCAGCUUCACCUUUCAUGGAUGCACCAGUGGCUGUGGACAAUUUGACUGCUACAGCUACAUUGCAUUACACUGGCACUCUUGCUAAUACCCCUACAAUUCUCACCACCCCACCUCCACAAAAUGCUACCCAAGUUGCUAACAACUUUGUCAACUCUCUUAAAGGCCUUAAUUCACAAAAAUACCCUGUCAAUGUCCCACUAACAGUUGAUCAUUCACUUUUCUUCACUGUGGGUUUGGGGAUUAACCCAUGUCCAUCUUGCAAAGCUGCAAAUGGGAGUAGGGUGGUGGGUGCUGUCAAUAAUGUGACGUUUGUUAUGCCAACCACUGCCUUACUUCAAGCACAUUAUUUCAACAUCAAUGGGGUUUUCACCACAGAUUUCCCAGCAAAACCACCCCAUGUGUUCAACUACUCAGGUGCUGGACCAGCAAAUUUGAACACCACAAGUGGCACAAAGCUUUAUAGGCUACCAUUUAAUGCCACAGUUCAGCUUGUUAUGCAAGAUACCGGGAUCAUUGCACCUGAGAACCAUCCUAUUCAUCUUCAUGGGUUCAAUUUCUUUAUUGUUGGUAGAGGACUAGGAAAUUACAAUCCCAAAACUGAUCCAAAGAAAUUUAACCUUGUUGAUCCUGUUGAAAGGAACACACUUGGAGUACCAGCUGGAGGGUGGACUGCAAUUAGAUUCAGAGCAGAUAAUCCAGGAGUUUGGUUCUUGCAUUGCCAUUUGGAGGUGCAUACAACAUGGGGGCUAAAGAUGGCAUUUUUGGUGGAUAAUGGUAAAGGUCCUAAGCAAUCACUGAUACCACCACCGAAAGAUCUUCCUAAAUGUUGAUAUGCCAACCAUCGAUUAAUUAUGCAAUAUAUGAAGGGAAGGCCUUCCAAUUCAAAAUGGAAAAAAAAAAAAAAAAGAAGAAAGCAUUGGAGGGACAUAGAGAAGCCAGGCAAAAGAAGAGAGUAAAUGAGAAGAAAGGGUUAUUUAAUAAGAGAAUACCCCCAAAUGUUUUUAUGAGAAUUUGUUCAAACAGGUUCAAUAAAAUGGAGCGAGCAUUUUGUUUUCCUCAUACGAACACAAUUUUUUAAGAGCCAUUGCGUAUGUAUG